AACAUUAAACUAAGAUACUGGAAAACAAACAUAGAAACCGCUACUUUUCUUCUUUCUCUCUCCUGCAUAUCUCUCUCUCUCGCGUCCGAUCGAAUUUUCUGCUUUGCUCCGGCGUCCGACCGCGCGUCCAAGCGCGUGCCGGCGCUGGAGGCGUCUCUCUUCGUCCUCUAUCUCCAUCUGAUCUUUGCUUCGUCCUGGACCCAUCUCUCUCUCUGUUUUCUUCGUGGUUGUGUGCUGGAGAUCUUGUCGGACUCGUCUUCCGUGCACAAGGAGGUUCAGAUCCGGCGUAGUUCUGCUCAGUAUUGGAGUCCGAAGGCAGUGGGUGUGUCGGUUCCCAUGGCGGAGUCGGCUUUUUAGGGUUUGCAUUCGGCCCUUGGCUGUCUGGAGGGUCGGUAGCGCGUGGAGGCGUGUGUGCGGUUUGAGCAUCAGAUCCGGUCUGCAGUCGUGUGUCUGUUCUUGUCCAGUCUGUAGCUCGAGCGGUGGUGGAUUGUGGGUCUUCUCGUCUCUUCUUGGCGUAUUGAAGUGUCGAAGCCUUUUCUCUCCUCACCUUGGAAGCUUCAGAGGCUCUGUCUAGCUCGGGGCCGUGCUCAGCUGUCGACGCCGGUGUGUGCUGGUGUUAGCGGUGGUGGCUCGUGGAGUGAGGUGAUGAUGCGUUUUCGGUAGGAGUCGUCUAUGGCUCUCCGAUGCAUUGUCGCAUCCUAUCUUCCAAUUGUUCCUCUCUUCCCGAUUUCAGGUUUCAGAGUCAUCGUUGAAGUGUUGUCGGCUUACUUCUCGGUGUUUCCUCAGCUCUAGGUUCAUUGGUUUGUUGUUCCGUUGACACCGGUUCAGCUAUUAACGGCAUAUUGAUACUUGAGCUUCGGUUCUCGAAGUCGGUGUGUGGCAAGGUUUGCAGUGGUUUCAACUUGUCAUCUGUUUCUCACUCUCUCCUUGGUGUCUCCUCACGGCAAUGCAGUGCAUCCCGAUGCUGUGGUUUCUCUUGAAUCCUUGGCAGUGCUGUUUGCUAUCUUUUAUGCAGGUUGGAGCUUUCUUUGGUCCUGAAAUGGCUGCCGUCCCGUGCCCGUUUUUCUGCUCCCGUAUUAGGCAGUGGAGAUCGUGUGGUUUCUCUGUCCUUUGCGGCCUUUUUGUUGUAGCGGAAUUUUUCUUCAGGCGAUCGGAUCUUCUUCGGUAAGCUUCGGUUUGUCUCAUAUCCGCUAUCUUUUUCGUUGUGUGCUUCAGAGAUAAUCAAGAUUGCAAGGCUAGUAAGUUCAUCGGUAACUAGCUACACUGGAGGCAACGUGAAGAGACCCCGGCAACCGAAGAAAUGAGGCGAAUCUCUCCUCUUUACGGUUUUUGUCAAAGGUUGAGAACGGUGAUCGAUACUCAAUGAUGUAGGACUCUAUUUAGUGGAACGCGCCGGGGAUAUGGGUAGAGCGAAACUAGAUAGAAGAUUUCGGACUUGGAGAAAGAAAAGACGAAAACUCUGACAAAAGAGAUGAUGGAGUGGGAUAAUCAGCAGCAACCCAAUAACCACCACUCUUCAAAUCUCCAAGGGAUGGACGUUAAUGGCGGCUCUGGCUCAGGAGGAAUGUAUAUGAAGGUGAUGACCGACGAGCAGCUUGAAACUCUGAGGAAACAGAUUGCUAUCUAUGCCACUAUUUGUGAACGUCUUGUUCAGAUGCACAAAACACUCACUACUCAACAAGAUCUUGCAGGAGGGAGAAUAGGAGGUCUAUAUGCAGACACAACUAUAGCUCACAAGAUGACAGGUAGGCAGAGGUGGACUCCUACGCCAUUGCAGCUUCAGAACCUAGAGCGUUUAUUCGAUCAAGGCAUAGGAACACCGAGCAAGCAAAAGAUCAAAGACAUAACCGAUGAGCUUAGCCAACACGGUCAGAUUGCUGAACAUAACGUAUACAACUGGUUCCAGAACCGGCGUGCUCGUUCCAAGAGGAAGCAGCAUGGUGGUGUCGGCUCUUCUAGCCACAAAAAUGGUGAGGGUGAGGUCGAGACUGAAACUGAGACAUUGAAUGAGAAGAGAAAGAGACCAGAGAGUCUUGUUGUUCUUCCUGAAGGAAACGACGAUAUCAAUGACAUUGGGACAACAGCUACUACUAGUCCUAGGCCUGAAGACCUUUGCUUCCAGAGCCCUGAGAUGAGCUCGGAUCUUCACUUGCUAGGAGUCUUAUCAAACCCAAGCAUUUCAGGCUGUGAUCAUGUUGAAGACUUCUAAUUGUCAGAGAUCAAAGAAAUGAGUUUAGUAGCCAGCCUUAAGCAGUUUUAGACUUAAUUUUAUAUUUUCUGGGGUUUUAGUGGUAUUUUGGUUUUUGUUUUUUUCAUGGAAUGUUGAAUGGUCUCUUAGAGCUUGUGAUGCCUUUGAUAUUCUUAAUAAUAAUAAUAUUAACAGUA